AUGAGAGAGGAAUCCUCAGUUAUAGAGCCAUCUGCAGACGGACAGUUGGUGGCCUCCGUUAAGGGCAGUUACUCUUACCCAGGACCCGACGGGAGGAUCAUCCGGGUCAACUACGUCGCCGAUCAAGGAGGUUUCAGGGCUUCCGGAGACCACCUUCCUUCUUCACUCACCGACACCGUUUACAACUUCAAGUACGUCGUACCGUAA